GUCUGGUUUGUCUCUCUAGCUUUUUUAAUUCAGAGGUGCGUUAUAUACUUAUGUAAACCGCACUUAACAAGUCGAGACCAAUUUUAUAAAUCUACCAUUCAGCAAAACUUGUCAGGUGGACUUUUGGUAGGGACCUUGGCCACGUGAUUUCUACAUUUUCUAAAUUUCCACUCUUUUGUUCUCUUCUCUUUCACACACCAUCCAAAAUUUCCCAAACUCAAACAUACUCUUUCUAUAUCUCUUCAAAAGCUCUUACAAACACUCACAAAAUCCCUCCACUCAAAGAGAAUCACUCCAUCAUGGAACCAGCCGUUUCCGGGUCACCUCAACAAGACCCAACUCCCUCAUCCCCAUCCACGUCAGCAGCACCACCGCAACCAAGCCGUUACGAGUCACAAAAACGCCGGGACUGGAACACGUUUCUACAGUACCUAAGAAACCACAAACCACCCUUGACGCUAGCUCGUUGCAGCGGCGCACACGUGCUCGAGUUCCUCAAGUACCUAGACCAGUUCGGGAAAACCAAAGUCCACGUGUCUACAUGUCCUUUCUUCGGACACCCGGAUCCACCGUCUUCUUGCCCUUGUCCGCACAAACAAGCUUGGGGAUCACUCGACGCUUUGAUCGGACGGCUUAGAGCUGCCUACGAGGAAAACGGCGGACGGCCAGAUUCGAACCCGUUUGCUGCACGCGCCGUUAGGAUCUACUUGAGGGAAGUCAAAGAUAGUCAAGCUAAGGCUCGUGGGAUCCCUUACGAGAAAAAGAAACGGAAACGUAAACCUACCGUUACCUCCGUUAGAUUGGAUGUUGAUCUAACGAGUAGUAUCACCGGUGACGGAAUUAACCGUGAUUCUCAGGCCACCUCCGGAGCCGUACUUCCCCUAGGAACCUGUGAAGAGACAUUUCAUUUUUACUACAUUCGCCUGAGGUGGUUGAGGCGAAUGUGAAGCUUGUUUGCAAAAGCCCUGAAAAGCUCAUGAGAUCUCUUACAUCAGUCAAGCAACUCUCUUUAUGUUUAUAUGGUUCAAUGGUAAACAGAAACACAUGUUUUUUUGUGAUGUGAAUAUUAACAUGCUCUUAGAUCGGAUCGAAUCUGUUGAUUUUACUUCGACGGAUGAAGAUACCAAGUGAUCAUCUGAUAAUACAUGAAUGAAUCCUUGACUUACAGUCCGACAGGUAGCUGCAGGAGGUACUCACUCUGUUGUUCUAACCCGUGAAGGCUAUGUGUGGACUUGUGGCCUCCCGGUGACAUAAUUUGGCACUGAAGAAGAUGGGACUUUGUGGGCUUGGGGUAAUAAUGAAUAUGGACAACUUGGAAAUGGAAAUACCCAGCCGAGAUCUCAUCCUAUUCCAGUACAAGGCCUUGAUGAUCUCACUUUGGUAUGUGGUCUGAAAUUUCUGGUUUAAGCACUCAUAUUGAAACCGAUGCGUUCUGCUGUUUAAAUUGUAAAGGCCUAUGUUAAAGCUGCCGAGUGUCUACUAUAGAAAAUGCAUGUGUUAGGUUGAUAUCGCUGUGGGUGAAUAAUGGCAUUCGACAGCAUUAACCAAUGAAGGAGAGGUCUAUGGUUGGGGAAGAGGAGAACAUGGAAGGCUCGGGUUAGGUGAAAAUGGCAGAGGUGACAGUAGCCAACCUAGUAGGCCGAUUUGACUGGAGGGUAGAGGCUGGUCCAAAAGGGGGUUGAAUCUGAUCUUGCUGAAGCCAUUGGUAUCCAUGUUUGCCGCAAGUUCCCUCUCAUUGCGUUUCCAUCUUCUGUUAUGUAAAAUGCUUUCUCUUCCACCUCGUUUUGUAACACUAAUAAGAAUAGUUGUAAGAAUUGACGAUGUUAACUAUUCUUUUCCUUUUUAUAAUGUUUU